GCCGUCCUGCGCCCUCAUUUGCCCUUUUCCCCCUUCUCCCCAUUGCUUUUUGUCGUCGUCUUGUCAUCCCCAUAUCUGGCCUGUUUCAACCACACUGGGCCCUUGUUUUCGUCGUGCGCAGCCCGCUUCCAUUAGACCCAACGGCGAAUCGCACUUCUUCGGUACCUGACUAUCCUCCCACUAGGCGGCUCCCCACGUCACACCUACAUCAGUCAUGGACGUUGUCCUCGAGGUGGCAGACACCUUCAUCUUCGACCCCCUAUAUGCCAAACUCCUGCCUGCAUAUCCAGCCGCCCUUGUCGCCAAUGCCACUCUAUCCAGCAUCCGCGAGGAGCCUACCGCCUAUGCCCGCCCGCACGCGACUUGGCACUAUGAGCCCGCCACCCAGUUCUUCUCCACGACGCCAUCCAAGUAUGCCUACAUGAGCCAAUGGCCGCGCGACGACUGGCGGCGGCAGGCGCUGUCCUUGUACCUCAUUACUUGGCUCUUCGGUGUCCUAGUCUACUACAUCUUCGCGAGCGCCUCCUACUUCUUCAUCUUCGACAAGAGCACCUUCAACCACCCGCGAUACCUUAAGAACCAGAUCAAGCUUGAGAUGAAACAGGCCAACAUUGCCUUUCCCAUCAUGGCCAUCUUCACCGUGCCCUUUUUUCUUGCAGAGGUCCGCGGGUACUCGAAGCUAUAUGAUACAGUCGACCAGGGUCCAGGAUUGUGGUACAACUACAUGCAGUUUCCAUUUUUCCUCUUCUUCACCGACUCGCUCAUCUACUGGAUUCACCGCUAUCUCCACCACCCUCUCAUUUACAAGCAUAUCCAUAAGCCACACCACAAGUGGAUCAUGCCUACUCCCUAUGCCUCGCAUGCUUUCCACCCAUUGGACGGUUAUGCCCAGGGUCUGCCCUACCACAUCUUCCCGUUCCUGUUCCCGCUGUCCAAGUUUGCCUAUGUCCUUUUGUUUGUUACUGUCAACAUCUGGACUGUUUUGAUUCAUGACGGCGAGUAUGCGCACAACUCGGCCAUUAUCAACGGGGCUGCAUGCCAUACCAUGCACCACCUGUACUUUAAUUACAAUUACGGACAGUUUACCACUCUCUGGGACCGUCUGGGUGGCAGCUACAGGAAGCCCAACGACGAGCUCUUCCAGAAAGAGCUCAAAAUGUGCCAGAGCGAGUGGAAGAAGCAGGCUGAAGCCGUUGAUAAGAUGGUCCUGGAGGUCGAGGGUGGCACCGACGACCGCACGUAUUCAUCCGACGAGCCCAAAAAAGUCCGCUAGGCGCAAAGAUGGAGAGAAGACAAUUGACACGUUGGCAAAGAAUUUUGAAAUGUCGUUACGAAUGAGAUUACGGGUGCCAAGGUCUAGUAGGCGAUUCAGGUCGAUACGUCAUCGGCCAUGCAACUGAGGGCAUUUUUUUUGCUUGUACAUUAACAUUCUUCGCCCUCGCUGUUACAUCGGAAAUUUUGGGUAUAAUGGUCUUGCUCGGGGCAGCGGGAUUGACAUGUAAUAUGGCGGGGAAUCGGCAAAGAUUCUCUUGUCAAGAACAAAUAAUUGUAAUGAGAUUAGCACCUAACUGACCGCCCACGACUCGAACACUCUUUUGACUGGACGACGAUGGCCUGAAACCGGCUCGGAUUAUUUGAGGCAAACGUGGGAAAUGGCCCUAC